AUGUCUGAAAACCUUUACGCAACUCAAAUCAUCGCUAGCAGAGGAUACCCUUAUGAAGAGCAUCAUGUGACAACAAAAGAUGGCUUCAUUCUUGCCAUGCAAAGGAUUCCCCGAGGGAGAGAGGAGAAAGAAACUACUGCUCCUAAACAAGUAGUAUUCCUUCAGCACGGCAUUCUCGCGGACGCGACAAACUGGGUCAUGGACACUCCCACUAGGAGCCUCGCUUACAUACUUGCGGACCAAGGUUUUGACGUCUGGCUUGGAAACAUCCGGGGAAAUGACUACUCGAAACGUCACGUGAAAUACCAUCCAUAUCAGUGGCAAUUCUGGAAUUGGAGCUGGCAAGAAAUGGCCGAUUACGAUCUUCCCGCCAUGAUCGACUACGCAUUGAACGUCACGGGACAGGAACAGUUGUACUAUGUCGGUCAUUCACAAGGAACAUUGAUUGGGUUCACUGGAUUUUCUGAUAACCCAGUGCUGGGAAAUAAAAUCAAGGCCUUCUUCGCGUUAGCUCCAAUCUACACCUUGAACAAUAGCACAGAGAUCGCUAGAGGGGGGGCAGAGAUCUUAUAUCCACUGGUCAAGAAACUCUUCCCUGGCAUGACCUUUGAUCUGCUUCCUGGUACCUUCUUGAGAGCACUCAUCAAACUGGGUUUCUGCGAAGGUCCUCUGGCCGAGAAAAUAUGCUACGAUUUCAUGGAGCUGAUAAUUGGUAUGGACAGCAAAAACAUUGACAAGUCAAGAGUUCCUGUGUAUGUAGCACACUUUGCGGAAGGAACCUCCUUUAAAGACGUGGUACAUUUUGGGCAGAUAAUUGUAGACAAGAAGUGCAUGAAAUUUGACUACGGUGAAGCUGGAAACAAGAAACACUACAAUCAGGUACACUAAGUUGUGAAUGUUUUU